GGUUGUUGCCGGGCCCUAUAUCCGGUGUCCGCCCGCCCUCCAUCCCGCUGCCUCCGCGAUGCUGUCCCGGUCCCGCUGCGUGUCCCGGGCGUUCAGCCGCUCGCUUUCUGCCUUCCAGAAGGGGAACUGCCCUCUAGGGAGACGUUCCCUGCCUGGGAUCUCCUUAUGUCAGGGACCAGGUUACCCUGACAGCAGGACGAUGGUCGUUAACAACUGUAGCGUCUUCAGUGUUCGCUUCUUCCAGACCACGGCUGUGUGCAAGAAUGAUGUAAUUACAGUCCAAACCCCAGCGUUUGCAGAGUCUGUCACAGAGGGAGAUGUCAGGUGGGAGAAAGCUGUUGGAGAUGCGGUUGCAGAAGACGAAGUGGUGUGUGAGAUUGAGACAGACAAGACUUCUGUGCAGGUUCCAUCACCAGCAAAUGGCAUAAUUGAAGCUCUUUUGGUACCCGAUGGGGGCAAAGUUGAAGGAGGAACUCCUCUGUUCACACUCAGGAAAACCGGUGCUGCUCCUGCUAAGGCCAAACCAGCUGAAGCUCCUGCUGCAGCCCACAAAGCAGAGCCCGAAGCGCCUGCUGCCCCUCCUCCCCCUGUAGCACCGGUGCCCACUCAGAUGCCACCAGUGCCCUCACCCUCACAACCUCCUUCUAGCAAACCAGUGUCUGCAAUAAAACCCACUGCUGCUCCUCCACUGGCUGAGGCAGGAGCUGCUAAAGGUCUGCGUUCAGAACACCGGGAAAAAAUGAACAGGAUGAGACAGCGCAUUGCCCAGCGUCUGAAGGAAGCCCAGAACACUUGUGCAAUGCUGACGACUUUCAAUGAGGUUGACAUGAGUAACAUACAGGAGAUGAGAGCUCGGCACAAAGAUGCUUUCCUGAAAAAACACAACCUCAAAUUAGGCUUCAUGUCAGCGUUUGUGAAGGCCUCUGCUUUCGCCUUGCAGGAGCAGCCUGUUGUAAAUGCAGUGAUUGAUGAUGCAACCAAGGAAGUGGUGUACAGAGAUUAUAUUGACAUCAGUGUUGCAGUUGCUACCCCGAGGGGUCUCGUGGUUCCUGUCAUCAGGAAUGUGGAAACCAUGAAUUAUGCAGAUAUUGAACGGACCAUUAAUGAACUAGGAGAGAAGGCCCGAAAGAACGAGCUUGCCAUUGAAGAUAUGGAUGGAGGCACUUUCACCAUCAGCAAUGGAGGAGUUUUUGGCUCGCUCUUUGGAACACCCAUUAUCAACCCCCCACAGUCUGCCAUUCUGGGCAUGCAUGGGAUCUUUGACAGGCCUGUGGCUGUGGGAGGCAAGGUGGAAGUUCGACCUAUGAUGUAUGUAGCCCUGACCUAUGACCACCGGCUGAUUGAUGGCAGAGAGGCUGUGACCUUCCUCCGAAAAAUCAAGGCAGCAGUAGAAGAUCCAAGAGUCCUCCUCCUAGACCUUUAGGAGGAAGCCACACACCCCACCUAGUGAUCAUGCAGGAACUGAAAACCAGUCUUCUCCCUGUCCCCUCAUCAAUCCCAGGUUAGCCUGAUGACAGGCAGGCACACACUGUUGGCCUCAAGCGAGGAAGCCAGGGCACUACGUAAGCAUCUUUCACAGCCUUUUCUUAGUGUUCCUUCUAGGCUCUUCUCUGUGUGACUCUUACCGUCCCCUGUCUUGGGCCUGAGAGAGAGCCUUAAUGGAUGACUGCUCAUUAAUAUUCCUGCCUUUAUUCCAGUCCUCUGCAAAGACAACUCUGCUUCUCUCCAGUAACAGUAACUAUAGGGGUACCACCAGGGACCAUGUGAUUCAAAUCUCUGUCUUUGGAAAAUGUUCUCCAGAGAUGCCUGGGGGAUGAUUUGCCUCCCGGGCUCAAAGCAGCCUCUGUCCCAGCUGUGCACGUUCUCACUUGAUGCCACCUGUGUGGAGGUAUUGGACACAGGCAAAGAGGUGCUGCUCUGCUUCUUAAAUGCACCGUCAUUCUGACCUGUCAGUGGCGUCAAGGUGCCUCUCUACCUCUUCCAGGCAGCACAGGCUGGGGAUUUGAGGACAGGCAGAACUGUGCAGCAUCCCCUGAGGUCACCUGUUAUGAUCACAGAUAGGAGUUGAACCCUGCCUUGCCCUUACAGGCUCCAUCGUAUGCUGGCACUGGGAAGAUUGAUUCCUUUUGGCAUAAUUACGUGCAACUGUUGUCAUACCAACCCUUUCCAGCCUCUAGGAAUCACUGUUCUCACUUAAAGCAGAGUUUAGCACAUCAUGGCAGUGGGACAGCCUGGUGAAGGGACUGUUCUCACCAGAUCAGGCUGAUGAGAGCUUCUGAAUUGAGGGUGGUGUGAGCAUGUGCUGGCAGAGGCCGUUCUUCCCUUCCUGGGAUGUGGCCUGUGGGGAACAGGGUCUUGGUGCCUCUGGUGCAGGACACAGACACCGGAGAGGAUGGACUGGUGGGAACCAGCCUCAGGAGUUAGGACAGUGAAGAAAUGAUGUCAUCUCUGAGAUCACCCUUCAGGAACAGGUGCAGUUGUUGGAAUAUUCUUGACGCAUGGUAAAAUGUUCAGCUGGUCAUGAACGCUCCUAGGCCUGUAUGCCACACUCAGCCUGAGUCUGCUGACAGUCAACGCGGGUCAUUAGUGCUGAAUUCCCUUUUUUCUUGUAAUCCAAGACAUGCUGGGGGGAGGGGAAGAGGUCAGUAUUGAGUGCCUGCAGCAUCUGCUACUACAUCUACACCAUUCAGAACUUGUAACUCAAGUAUUUAAAGAGACUGAUUUUGAAUGAAAAUUAAAGGGCAACUGUUCUCAAACAAGG